AGACAUUAAAUUUUAAAAAAACAAAAACAAAAAAGGAAAGAAAGAGAAAGCGAGUAAAAAUAAGUUUGUAAAGUUCGUUUGUUACCAAAUCAAGCAAAGAAAGAAAAAAAAUGAAUGUUUAGCGCGUGUAACGCUUACUUGAUUUUGUUACCAUUUUUGAAUUUUUUUGGGGAAUAAUUUUCAUAGUUUGUUUCUUCUUUGUUCUGUGGGGGUAUUUAGCGAAUUUCUGGUGACGAGAAUUGUGUGGUUUGAUCGUGGUAAAUUAUCAAAGUUAUGGCGCGUUCGCAGGAUAAGCUUGAUAAGAUGCAACUCCGGCAAAGUUACCGGAAUUUAUGGCACUCCGAUCUCAUGGGCACCGUCUCGGCGGAUACUCCAUAUUGUUUCUUCUCGUGUUUGUGUGGACCUUGCGUUUCAUACUUACUUCGGAAGAGAGCACUUUAUAAUGACAUGUCAAGGUACACUUGUUGUGGUGGUUACAUGCCUUGUAGUGGUAAGUGUGGAGAAAGCAAAUGCCCUCAAUUUUGUCUUGCCACCGAGGUGUGUCUCUGUUUCGGGAACUCUGUGGCAUCUACUCGUUUUAUGUUGCAAGAUGAAUUCAACAUCCAUACAACAAAAUGCGACAAUUGCAUAAUUGGAUUUAUGUUCUGCCUCAACCAAAUCGCUUGCAUUUUCUCUCUUGUCGCUUGCAUUGUUGGAAGUGAUGAACUCUCUGAAGCGUCUCAGCUUCUUUCUUGCUUGGCGGAUAUGGUCUAUUGCACGGUUUGUGCGUGUAUGCAGACACAACACAAGAUUGAGAUGGACAAAAGAGAUGGUUUGAUUAGUCCUCAACCAAUGUCAGUGCCACCAGCUCAGCAAAUGUCUCGCAUUGAUCAACCGGUCCCUCCCUAUGCCGGUUACCCUCCAGCCACUGGUUAUCCCCAGCAUUACUAUCCACAGCCUGGCCAUGGUUACCCUCCUGCUCCAGGCUAUCCACCUCCCGGUCACGGUUACCCUCCUGCACCGGGCUAUCCGCCAGCUCCGGGCUAUCCAUCGGGAUAUCCACCAGCACCAGGAUAUCCUUCAAAGUAAUAAGAACGUUAACCAAAAUCUCAAUCUUCGAAUCAAAGUUGUAAUAUCAUCCUUGGUAUGUUCUAAUUACUUUGCAAGUAUAUUAUCCGGUUUGUUGUCUCAUCUAUUUUCUGUUUUUUCUCUUAGAUAUGAACCAUUAACUCUAGAAUACCAUAUAAUGUAUAUUAGUUGUGACCUUGGUGUAUGAUAUCUAUCUAUGUUUAAAUUUAUACGUUCCAGUUAUGAUUCUC